CCUUCGAGCGCUUUGCUGCAGAGAAUGUCCUCGGGAUCUCCAUUCAUGUAUGCGUUACCUCCUGGGUCCCAACCUCGUCUGUCUUCGCCUGGCUUCACCCAAGCCAGAUCUUUGGACGGACACCGUGUCUUCAUUGUUUUCAGGUCUCAGCAGGCAUUCACCACGACUGGAAGUUCUCGAACUACAUGCGACAUCUUCUGAAGUCGCUGAGCUCACUCUGUGUGGGCUCCCACAUCUGCAGAGGGUAUGGCUUACCUUGCGCAGCAACAAAGCUUUGUCCUAUGUCACGCGUCUCAUCGGCCUUUAUGAGGUGUAUAUCACGGUCCCUAUACCAUGCGGAGGCGGUAACCUUCAAUUCAGUAGCUCGUCCCUUCGCAAAGUCAUGAUCCACUCAUCCACUUUGACCUCCGUUGGAAACAUCGUAGAAGGCUGGGUUGUUCAAUGCAGGUCGUUGGACUGGCGCGGGCGACAAUGUGCCUGCCUCUGGCAGACGAAGCUCGCUCUACUCCUACUGACUAAGCUGCGCAAAGGGUGGCAAACACCCGCCUGCACCACCCCCCGCUGGAGGGGUACCCCACUCCAUCGUAGUGGCUCAUGUACGGCAAUCCUGAAACAGCGCUCGCCGUGGAAUGCGCCCUGCGCAAGUUGGACAAUCAUCCAUAUCACAGUCGUCUGGAGGCGUAUUGUGAUACACGGACCCAAGAGCGUUGACCGCGACGACUAUGCAUUCCACCUCCGUACAUUCACUCCCCUCAUGCGCUUCUCACGUCUCAAGGAGGUUCUUCUUCCGUCGUUUUGUAUGCCUUGGCUUGAUGAUGAUGCACUUGGUACCAUCGUCAAGUCAUGGCCGUGCCUCGAGCGCCUUGAUCUUGGAACCGCCCAUUUCUGGCAGACACCACUCAGGGUUACGUUUCGGGGCCUUGUCACCUUGCUAUCGUCUUGCCCCAAUCUCGAGAACCCUGGUUUGGUAUUCGACACGACGAACGUAGUUAUCUGUCGGGUGCUCUCCGAUCGAACAACCACCGCAAGUCGCGCUUGCGCUUUCGCAGAUCUUACCGUGCUUGAGAGAUAUGUUGAGCCAUGGGCCUGGGAUGUCAACCAAGAGGCACGAAGGGCCAAGUGGAGCAAGGUGUUGAACUGCAUUGGAGCUUAUGGCUUGACCAAACAGCCGGGUUUGUGUGCUUGA